GUCCCAGGUAUUGCUGGUGUGACAGGAAUGUCAGGAACUGUUGGAGCCACGGGACAACAAGGGGUUGCUGGAAUAUCUGGACAGACCGGUGCUCGGGGGUCACCUGGAACUGAUGGAAGUCAAGGAAUCACUGGCGUCAGUGGAAUAGCAGGAAUUUCUGGAGCUACUGGAGCAUCUGGGUCUGUUGGAAGAACUGGCCCAGCAGGUCAGUCUGGAACCACAGGUCUGCAAGGAGACCAAGGCGUGACGGGAAUGACGGGACAAGUAGGUUCUCCUGGAAUCACUGGUGCAGCAGGUAUUACUGGACUGACAGGUGCAAGGGGACAAGAUGGCGCAGCUGGGGCAACUGGGCAUACAGGUCAACAAGGCUUCGCCGGACAAACAGGACCUUCCGGUAUAACUGGUACUUCUGGUCGUCAUGGUAAUGACGGGGUGCCGGGUGUUACUGGACAGAGCGGCUUUGCUGGUGCAACAGGACAGCAAGGACAUCCUGGGGCUACCGGUCUACAAGGAUUUGCCGGAGUGAGUGGAAUGACUGGACCACAAGGCGUCAUAGGAAUAUCUGGGAGAUCUGGAGACCCAGGAUCAACAGGACCAGCUGGACAGAGUGGUGCUAUUGGCAUCACUGGCAUGUCUGGAUUGCCAGGUAGUUCGGGAGUGGCAGGCCACCCAGGACACACAGGAGCAUCUGGCGCUUUUGGUAUUCAAGGUUUUGCCGGUGUUACAGGAAUCACUGGUAUGGCGGGACAAAUUGGACAUACAGGUCCCACUGGCGCCCAGGGAGAUACUGGAAGAACAGGCUGGACUGGUGCACGAGGUCCGGCUGGUCAGACUGGAACACCAGGAGCACCAGGCAUCACUGGCGUGUCUGGACAACACGGCGCCCUGGGACUGACAGGUCACACUGGUGUCCCUGGAUCUAGAGGUUCAACAGGACCUCAAGGACGUACAGGACUUGUUGGGACUACUGGAAGGACUGGUGCACAAGGUCCUGGAGGAGCUGCUGGUGUCACAGGACAAUCAGGACAGGAUGGUGUCUCUGGGAUGACUGGAUUACCUGGACAAACCGGUUUUACUGGAAACCCGGGUGCUAUUGGUAUCACCGGAUUAACGGGUGCAGCAGGAGCAGCAGGAAUAACAGGAAGGUCUGGUUCCAGGGGACAGUCUGGCAUGCCUGGAGGUACAGGAGUAACUGGACUCGCUGGAUCAACUGGGUUACCUGGUCGGUCAGGAGCAGCUGGUGUCACUGGAGCCAGGGGGCAGACAGGAGAUCGUGGCUUACCGGGGCUGACGGGGCUUACAGGGAUUCGUGGAGCAGUAGGAGCACAUGGUAUUACUGGCAUGUCUGGCUCGGAUGGAUCAACAGGAGCCUCGGGAGUCACUGGAUCUCCAGGUACAUCAGGACAAGCUGGUACUACAGGACAUACUGGACACACUGGUCCUCAAGGACUCACUGGGGAUGCUGGUCGUCAAGGUAACCAUGGCAUCACAGGGCACACUGGCCACACAGGCACAGUUGGAUCGAGAGGAUUUCCAGGACAUACGGGUGCUACAGGGAUGCCAGGUGCGGCAGGCGUUACAGGAACAUCUGGAUUGCAUGGUGCUACGGGUGUCAUAGGAACAAGUGGUUCUCCUGGCUUGGCUGGUCUGACUGGAUCUACAGGGCAGAGAGGACCGCCUGGAGCUGUUGGGGUGUCGGGAAUAACUGGAUCAUCAGGCAGAACCGGUCAUCGUGGUGCCACAGGAACCACAGGACCUCAAGGACGAGCAGGAGAAACUGGUGUUACUGGAGCAUCAGGAAUGACUGGACCUCAAGGGUCUGCCGGACACAUUGGAUUAACUGGAGCAACUGGACUGAGAGGUACUGCUGGCCUCGCUGGCUUCACUGGCAUCACGGGCGCUACUGGACUGGCUGGUCUGACUGGAAUCCGUGGAUCUACUGGUCCAACUGGGUUGACUGGUGUACCUGGAUCAUCGGGCAGAACUGGCUCUCCAGGAUCCCAAGGGACAUCAGGAAGAACUGGACUCCCAGGCCCGAUUGGUGUAUCUGGAAUUACAGGACAGAUCGGACACGUUGGCAUGACUGGACAAACGGGUGGUGUUGGGAGUUCGGGCAUGACUGGGGCUGCAGGAGCACCGGGUAUUACCGGCUUAACGGGCAGCAAUGUGGAUCUCCGGGUUUAACGGGAAUGACAGGAGAAUC